CAAGUUGAUAGUCAUGUUUUGAACGCCUAUUGGUACUAAAGGAGUCGGUUAGUUCAAGGCAGAAGACUCUGUGGAAAUAUUUCAGGCGGUUCCGUGGUGUUUGCAAUGGUUGGCAGCAAAAAAACUCUUCUGUUGUUACGUACCAAAGGCGUUCCGAUACAGCAAGAAUGAUGUCGUUCGAAACAACAACAUACAGGCGGUCUCUGUUCAGUCCAGUCCCGAACACGCGCUGAUGAAGAACCUUAUCCCGAAUGAGGUGAACUUCACCGAGAUAAACACCGAUGCUCCUCUACAUGGCGAAGUUCUACUCGAAGCUCAUCCUGGUGCCAGUGGAAAAGUGGAUGUGAUCAUCGCAUUACUGAGGGAAGUGAUUUCGGUAAAGCAGACACAACACAGGAAUCAACAACUUCGAUCGUUUUGGGAGCGAAUCAUCAAACGCCUUGAGACGAUCUCCUUAUGUAGUUACCUAUCCCUGAUUGCCAUGAACAUCACUAUGUUUUUGUAUCCAGAAGUGUGGUAUUGA